AUGGAAAUUUCACCGAUAGAAGAUUUGAAAAUAAUCCCUGAUAUAGUGCAACCAUACCCCGAUCCCUCGGUUGGCCGCGAGGCAGUCAUAGUUAUCGACAAUGGUUCAUUCAACUGCCGAGCCGGUUGGAUGUUGAAAGAGAAGCCGGCGCUCGUUUUCCGCAACCUAUUGGCCAAACCUCGAAAGGAUCGCAAUAAAAAGGAUGUCGAUGUGGUUGCCGUACCCGUUACCCAAAUCGGUAACGACAUUGUAAAUAUUGAGGCGAUGCGCCUUCAACUACGGACCCAGUUUGACCGGAAUGUUGUUACACAUUAUAAUGUACAGGAGCAGAUUUUCGAUUACAUCUUCACCAAACUAGGUAUCAACUCAGAAAACGGCGUACCACACAAGGUUAUGAUAACGGAAUGCCUAUUCAAUCCAAACUACUGCCGAAGUCUGAUGUCGGAGCUGCUGUUCGAGUGCUAUGAUAUACCCGGUCUUUCGUAUGGUGUUGAUUGUCUUUUUAGUUUAUAUUCAAAUCAACGAGCCAAGAAUGGGCUGGUCAUCGCUACGGGUUAUCACACGACGCACGUAGUUCCGGUGAUGGAUGGGCACAUAGUCGUGGAUAAGAUACGUCGUAUAAACAUCGGAGGAUCGAAUAUGAUUGCAUUCUUGCACCGAUGCUUGCAGCUUAAGUAUACAUUCCACAUGAAUGCAAUCACAUUAAGCCGAUCUGAGGUAUUGUUGCACAAGUACGGAGAGUACGCGUACGAUUACAUGCAAUCGCUCCGUGACUGGUCAUCCGUAGAGUACUACGAGGAAAACGUGAAGAAAAUUCAAUUGCCCUAUAACCAAACGGUGGCAGCCCCAACCUUAACCAAUGAGCAGAAGGUUGAGAAAAAGAAGGAGCUGUCCAGGCGUUUAGCCGAAAUCAACGCAAGGCGCCGCGAAGAACGUUUGGCACAGGACGAGGAACUACUCGCACAAUUACAACAGCUGGAAGAAUCAGCGGAAGACGGAGAUGACUUUCGCGACGGUCUUGCAGAGCACAGUCUGAAGGAUGCCGGAGAGUUAAAACGAAUGAUAAGCACCGUCAAUUCACGAAUUGAUAAAACUCGCCUGAAGAUAAAUACCCCUAUGGUAAAUGGUCCUCAAGUACAAGCCGACUCAGAGAAGCUUCUGCAACCUCCUCCAAAUAUGACUAUCGUUGAGUGGGUGGAGGAAACUCGGCGCAAACGUGACGCUAUCAUUGACAAGCGACAUGCCCGCAGGCAACGCAAGCAGGAUCUAGCAAAACGACGAACGGCGGCUGCACAGGAGCGAAUGCGUAUUAUAUCGCAUUUGGCGCGAAAGGAGAAAGGCAGUGACGAUUUUGGGAUGCGAGACGAGGAUUGGGAUGUGUACAAGCAGAUCAGUCGAGACGAUGAUAGCGACAAUGAGAAUGACAACGAGCGUUUGCUGGAGUGUGAAAUUAUUUUAAAACAAUACGAUGCAACCUAUGAGGAUCCGCUGCUGAUGAUGUCCGGAAGCGCCGCGGAGCUGUAUCAGCUACAUGUCGGCGUGGAACGCAUCCGUGCACCGGAAAUUUUGUUUCAACCAAGUAUCAUUGGAAGUUACGAAGCGGGACUUGCUGAAACGAUCGAUUUUGUACUAAAACUCUUUCCGGCUGAGCAAAGAAGCUGCUUGGUGGAAAACAUAUUUCUAACGGGAGGAUGUGCGAAAAUUCGUGGUCUCAAAGAGCGACUUACUCGGGAAAUGAGAGAGAUGCUUCCUUAUGAAUCACGUUUCGACAUAGAAGUAGCUCGUGAUCCAGCGCUAGAUGGGUGGAAUGGGGCUAGUAAGUUUUGUUUAACCGAAACCUUUCGGCAAUCGCUAAUAACUAGGCAACAGUAUGAAGAGUGCGGUGGAGAAUACAUCAAAGAGCAUGUUAAUGGGAAUGUUUAUUUUCCUACUCCUAAACAUACUGACAAUGAAGACAUGUAA